CAUGGGGAGUUGAGCAUCAGUUCUUUUGUCGAGGAGGAGCAGCAACUGGAAGCGGAGUCGGCAGUAUGAGGGAAAUCGUGCACAUUCAAGCCGGCCAGUGCGGUAACCAGAUCGGGGCCAAGUUUUGGGAAGUUAUCAGUGAUGAACAUGGCAUUGAUCCCACCGGUACCUACCAUGGAGAUUCUGACCUGCAGCUGGAGAGGAUCAACGUCUAUUACAAUGAAGCAUCAGGUGGGAAAUAUGUGCCCCGUGCUAUCCUCGUGGACCUGGAGCCUGGUACAAUGGACUCUGUUCGUUCUGGACCUUUUGGUCAGAUCUUCAGGCCUGAUAACUUUGUGUUUGGUCAAAGUGGUGCUGGCAACAACUGGGCCAAAGGUCAUUACACUGAAGGGGCUGAAUUGGUCGACUCUGUUCUGGAUGUGGUGAGGAAGGAAGCAGAGGGAUGCGAUUGUCUCCAGGGAUUUCAACUCACUCACUCGCUCGGUGGUGGGACUGGCUCUGGCAUGGGCACACUCCUUAUUAGCAAAAUUCGUGAGGAAUACCCAGACAGAAUCAUGAACACCUUUAGUGUUGUGCCUUCACCAAAAGUAUCAGACACAGUUGUAGAGCCUUAUAAUGCAACGCUAUCUGUCCAUCAGCUUGUGGAGAACACUGAUGAGACUUUUUGUAUUGAUAACGAGGCUUUGUAUGACAUUUGUUUUCGAACCCUCAAACUCACCACCCCCACUUAUGGUGACCUGAACCACCUUGUGUCAGCCACAAUGAGUGGUGUAACGACCUGUCUGCGUUUCCCUGGUCAGCUCAAUGCCGACCUCCGUAAACUAGCAGUGAACAUGGUCCCCUUCCCCCGCCUGCACUUCUUCAUCCCUGGCUUUGCUCCUCUAACCAGCCGUGGUAGCCAGCAUUACCGUGCCCUCACAGUACCUGAGCUCACCCAACAGAUGUUCGAUGCCAAGAACAUGAUGGCAGCCUGUGACCCUCGGCACGGUCGUUACUUGACCGUUGCUGCUAUUUUCAGAGGUCGUAUGUCCAUGAAAGAGGUAGAUGAACAGAUGUUGAAUGUACAGAAUAAAAACAGCAGCUAUUUUGUUGAAUGGAUCCCCAAUAAUGUUAAAACUGCUGUCUGUGACAUCCCACCUCGAGGCCUCAAAAUGUCUGCCACCUUUAUUGGCAACAGCACAGCCAUUCAGGAGCUGUUUAAGCGUAUCUCUGAGCAAUUUACAGCUAUGUUCAGGAGGAAAGCUUUCUUGCAUUGGUACACUGGUGAGGGCAUGGAUGAGAUGGAAUUUACUGAGGCUGAGAGCAACAUGAAUGACCUGGUAUCUGAGUACCAGCAAUAUCAGGAUGCCACAGCUGAGGAAGAGGGUGAAUUUGAGGAGGAUGAAGAAGUUGCGUAAGCUGUAUUAUGGUCAGCACUAAGAUUGUCCAUGUCACUGUUCUGUUUGUCUUUUUCUUAUACUUUUACACCAUUCCUCUGUUUGACAUUUCGAUCUUCAAUGCUGUAUACAUUUUCAGUUUUCACCUCUAGAUGAUCGGGCAUUGACUUGUAUGAUGGAAUCAUGAACACAUGUAAUGAUGAAUUCUCCUUUGUAACAGAAAUUAAGUUUUGCUCUUGGAAGGAUUCCUGGAAUGCUUUCCCCGAGUAAGGGCAUUGCUUGCGUGCUUCCAUAUCGGCUCAUCACUGAGCAGAUUACAUUUUAGUAGGAUGGAAGUUUGGUGCAGAAUGGAGUAUUUUUGUUGUAUUUGCUUCUGCCAAUAGAUGAAGGUUGAUUGCCAACCAAGGCACUUGGUUGUGCAUAAUUAUGUAUCCUAAAUAUGGGGACACUGGCUUGUCUUCGGAAGAUUUACUGCCUUUCACUUGAAAAAACAUUUUUACUGUCCAUAAGUAUUCAUUUUUAUUCAAUUUUUUGAAGGUAGUAUUUUCUAAGGCCUAGGUAUUUGAGGCAGAGGUUAAUCAUUGUGGAAGUGAAAAGUUGUAAGAUGUAUGUUGAUAUUUUUGAAUCAAUGCCACUGUUGAUGCAGAUGAUUUUCAUUGAUCUGAACUCUUUGCUGCUGUCUACUUGGUGGAGCUGCUACUUUUUGCCAUUUUCCCAUAAAAGGCAUCCAAUAAAUUCAACACUUAUGCUUUAUCCACUUCUACAUUCUCAGUUAAUAAAUCUGUGCUCCAUGGUGCAAACCCAAUUUCGGAUGUGACUAUAUCCUCUGAUUUAUUUGAAUUCUCAAGCUGGAAGUUGACAAAAAAGUGGCAGCUUUACUAUUCCAAAAGUAGACUUAUUUGUGUGAAGGUUGGUGGUUUUAGAACAGAGCCACCAGUGCUGCAGAUAGAAUGCAAUCGCUUCAUUUUGUUGGCCAUUUUGAUUAAAUGUCGCAAUUCAAAUUUUGGCUGAGCACUAAUGUUCUAAACCCUUGGAGUGGAGAGUGUUCAUGUCCGAAAUCAUGUUUAAUUAUUAAAGUAGCAUACCAUCUCAA